AUGGCCAAGUACAACACUGACCGACGCGAUCAUUUGCGCCAAGCUGAAGAACUUGCGCAUUCUGCACAGUCUGUUGAGCUCGAGAACAAGACCGGAAGGACGUUAAGACGCGAGUUAGUCGCCGCUGUCACUGAUGAAAGACGUCGCAAGGAGACACGUUCAUGCUACCAUUGUGGCAAACAAGGUCAUUUGAAGAUUAACUGCAGUUCAAAAAGGAACGUCAACAAGAGCGCCAAGAACGACGGCGAGGUGGUUCUUGCUGUUAAUGAAGACAGCGACAAUGUGAACGACGACUGGAUUCUCGACAGCGGUGCCAGUCGACACCUGGUGAACGACGAUCGCCUGCUGAUCGACGCAGAGAUUUGCAACGAUGUAGUCUCGCUAGCUGAUAACUAG